CAGGCAGCCCCGCGCUCCGAGCCAUCCUUGUGUGCCCUGCCCGCCAUGUCCCGAUUCUGCGUGCUGCUCGCCUGGGCCUUCCUCGCUCACCUUGGACUCGGAGCAGCGCAACAAGACCAGAAAUGCUGCGGCCCCAUCGUGCCCCGGAGAGAGUGGAAGGCCCUGGCGUCUGAGUGCGUCCAGAAACUGGAGCUGCCCGUGCGCUAUGUGGUGGUGUCACACACGGCAGGUAGCUCCUGCGACACCCCGGCCUUGUGCAUGCAGCAGGCCCAGAACGUGCAGAACUACCACGCGCGAACGCUGGGCUUCUGCGACGUGGGCUACAACUUCCUGAUUGGAGAAGACGGGCUCGUGUAUGAGGGCCGGGGCUGGAACAUCAAGGGUGACCACACGGGUCGCUUCUGGAACCCCAUGUCCAUCGGUAUCACCUUCAUGGGCAACUACAUGGAGCGGUCACCCCCGCCCCGGGCCCUCCGGGCAGCUAAGAGUCUGCUGGCUUGUGGUGUGGCUCAAGGAGCCCUGAGCUCUAACUACGAGGUCAAAGGACAUCGGGAUGUGCAGAAGACGCUCUCUCCAGGUGACCAGCUGUACGAAAUCAUCCGGACCUGGCCAGACUACCACGAAUGAGGCCCUGUCGAGCUCCACCCCCAGUCAGAAACCCAUUGCCCCCCCAAUAAAGGUGCAGCUCAAACUGUG